UGGUUUUGACAUUAGGAAACUGACACUAUUGAAUUCGUGUUGUUUUUUACGUGUACGAUGUAAACAUAAUUUUUUCAUUUCUCAGUCCAAAAAGGUAUCCAAAAUGUCUCUUCCGGGUGGAGGAAUUUUUGUCGUGAAAGGGGAGAUGUCAGUUUUGCUAACUGCUAUGAGAAGGGGGGCCAGAUGGUCAUCACACUCAUAUCAGGAUGACGAAGUGGACAACCUCAUGAAAAACUUUCAAGAACUCAAGGAAAAUCUUAAUAAAAUCGUUGAUUUGAGGGAUAUUGAACCCAACGUGUUCUUAACGCCUUUUUUAAAUGUUAUCAAAUCAGAUGAAACAACAGGGCCAGUAACAAGCUUAGCAUUAUCUUCGGUUAACAAAUUUUUGUCAUAUGGACUGAUAACUAGACUAGUUGAAAUCCAACAUCCAGCAUUGCCUAUGAUAGUUCAUAACAUAGCUGAUGCAGUUACCCACGCUAGAUUUGUUGGUACAGAUCAAUCUUCUGAUGGUGUGGUUCUAAUGAGAAUCUUACAAGUCUUACGGACGCUCACUCUUGCUCCUGAAGGUUCUUUUUUGAGUAAUGAAAGCUUAUGUGAAAUCAUGUUGUCUUGUUUUAGAAUAUGCUUCGAAACAAGAUUGAAUGAAUUACUAAGGAAAACUGCAGAACAUUAUUUGAAAGACAUGGUGCAGCUUGUUUUUAUGAGGUUACCACAAUUUUCAGAAGACUUACAUUCUUUCACUAGUAAGCAAUUCAAAAUGAGACCUGGAGCAGUCGAACAACCUAGAACUAAAAGAAAAAGUAAAGGGUCUAUUAAAACAAAAAAAAAUAUCAUGAAAAAUGAAAACGAAGAUCAAUCUGUAUUAUCUAACACAGAUUUGUCGAAAUCCCAGUCUAAUUCAAAAGGAGAUUUGGCUACAACCCCUUUGUCAACUAAAGACAACAUUGUAGACAUGCAGGGAUUUAUUUCUCAAACCAAUCCUGAAAUUAGUCAAUUGAAUGGAACACUCAGUUCUUCAGAUUUGAAAAACAAAGAUGCAAUUAAUUCUUGUAAUAUAGAAAUCAAUAUACACAGUCCUUCAAGUUUAUCGCUCAAUGAAGAGAAUUGUGAGAAAGAGGAUUGCAAUGCUAAUGAAACAACUGAGCUAACAUUAUCAUUAAAGUCAGAUAUUACCUCAAAAUCAGAUGAGAGUCAACAAUUAGAACAGAGUCAGGAAUAUGUCAAUCAGAGGGGCAUACGUUUCACCCCGCAAUCGGACGAAGAAUCUUCUCUGCUACCUUACGGUCUAGCUUGCGUCAAGGAGUUGUUCCGAUUUCUGAUAAGUCUCUGUAAUCCACACGAUAAACAAAACACCGAUGUGAUGAUCCACUUAGGAUUGACAUUGUUAACUGUCGCUUUUGAAAUCGGAGCUGAUAGUAUUGGAAAAUUUCCCUCCUUGAUGGCACUAUUGAAGGACGAUCUAUGUAGGAAUUUGUUUUCUCUGCUGAACACUGAACGGUUGCCUGUUUUUGCAGCGGAUUUGCAAGUCUCGUUUCUUAUGUUCGAAUCCCUCCGUUCCCAUUUAAAAUUCCAACUGGAAUUUUAUCUCACCAAAUUGAUCGAAGUGAUUCUCAGUGAAUCUCUUAAGGUUACCUAUGAGCACAAGGAGAUGGCCUUGGAUAACAUACUGCAACUUUGGAGAAUACCCGGUUUGGUUACGGAGCUUUACUUGAACUACGAUUGCGACAUGUACUGCACUAAUCUUUACGAAGAUUUAACUAAGUUGCUCGCUAAGAACGCUUUCUCGGCCACUUCCGGAGUGUACCAUACCCAUCUGCUGUCUCUGGACGCUUUACUUCUUGUGAUAGAAGGUAUAGAACAAAACUGCGAAAGUAGUAGAGACGAAGUCGAGAAUGGAUGUACCGAAGUUAAGAUAAAUGGCGAAAUGGCGGACGAUCGUAACAGACUGAAAAUAUCUGAGAAUGUACCCCCUAAGGAUGUUUUGAUGGAGAGGAAAAGCAUCAAAAAGUGGCUACCAACUGGAACAGAACAUUUCAAUCACAAGCCAAAAAAAGGAAUCCAGUUUUUCCAAGAACAUGGCAUCUUAAAAUCGGAAUUUGAUCCCAACGAAAUAGCUCUGUUCCUCAAAGAAAAUCCAGGUCUGGACAAGAAAAUGAUAGGGGAAUACAUCAGCAACAGAAACAAUUUGAUUAUUCUCGAAGCCUAUGUUAAAACCUUCGAUUUCAGGGACUUGAGAAUAGACGAAGCCCUGAGGACUUAUUUGGAGUCUUUCAGGUUACCCGGAGAAGCACCUACGAUAUCCUUGCUUUUGGAACACUUUGCCGAGCAUUGGCAUAAAAGUAACGGCGAACCGUUCGCUGAUGUAGAUUCGGCUUUCACAUUGGCCUACGCCAUCAUCAUGCUGAACGUAGAUCAGCACAACCAGAAUGCGAAGAAACAAACAACUCCGAUGACCGCUUCGGGUUUCAAGAAAAACCUAGCUGGUGUGAACGGUGGAGGAGACUUUGACGAAGAAAUGUUGGACGAGAUAUACAACACCAUCAAGAACGAUGAAAUUGUGAUGCCCGCAGAGCAAACCGGUCUCGUGAGAGACAACUACUUGUGGAAGGUACUUAUAAGGAAAGGCGCUUCUAAAGAUGGCGUCUAUUUCCACACAAACUCAGGAAUUUACGAUAAAGAGCUGUUUUCUCUAAUAUGGGCCCCGGUACUCUCAGCCCUGUCUUUCGUUUAUGACAGAUCCGAAGACCCCAACGUUUAUAAGAGGGCAAUCAAGGGUUUCGAGAAUUGCGCUUUUAUAUGCUCCCACCACGGUCUAACCUCAAACCUCGACAUGCUGAUCCUAACCCUGUGCAAGUUCACCACCUUCCACAACCAGCAGAGACAAAGCAACGGAGUCAGCCAGUUCGCUACCAACGUUAAAGCCCAGCUGGCUCUGAGGACAGUCUUCAACCUCGUCCAUCAGCACGGCGACAACCUGCGACACGGUUGGAAGAACAUCUUCGACAUCAUCUUAUCCGUUUAUUCCUACGGCUUGUGUCCGAAGAGUUACAUCGAAGUGGAGGACUUCAUCGAGACCUCGGGAAAGAUCACUCUGGUGUUCAAGGAGGUCGAGAAUCUGCAGAAACAAGACACGGGCCUGUUCAGUUCGCUGUAUUCCUACAUGGUUUCGUCCGAGAACCUGUCCAAGAUACCGUCUGCAGAAGAGCAGGAGAUGACGGAUGUGGCUAGAAAAUGCAUCAAGGAUUGCAAUCUGGAGCAGCUGGUCACCGAUUCAAAAUUCCUGCACGAGGACGCUCUAUUGGAGAUGGUUCAGGCGCUGGUUGAAUUGUCAAGGGGUCCGGAUGUCCAGAAGUCGCUUGGUUACAAUUACAACGAGAACGUUACGGUAUUCUUCUUGGAACUGUUGAUCAGGAUCAUGAUUCAAAACAGGGAUCGGGUUAUUUCAAUAUGGCAGAUGAUCAGGGACCACAUAUACACCCUGGUAAUGAACGCUUCCCUGUUCGAUUACCAGUUCUUACUCGAGAGAUCUGUCAUUGGUCUGUUACGAGUUGCCAUAAGGUUGAUGCGCAACGAAGAUAUGAGUCCUAUAGUUCUUCAGUCGUUGAGAAUGUUGCUCCUAUUGAAAAGCAGCACCUUGUGCCGAAUCUCCAGGCAGAUAUCUUUCGGGCUGUACGAACUGUUGAAGACUUCAGCCCAAAACAUCCACACCAACGCUGAUUGGACCAUCAUUUUCACGCUGUUGGAGUGCGUAGGAGCUGGAGCUCAACCGCCAAAACCGAUAGCGGAGGAUAAUCAAGUCGACCAAGCCACCAAGUCUGACAGCGAAAGACCAAGUGACGAAGAUUACUCUUUCGUCGACAGAGGCUAUACAUCAGACUCUGAACUGACCAAGAGCCCUAAAAAUACGUCUAUGAGGUCUCAGAGCCCCGUGUUGGUGUCGCCCACAUCGCCUGCAAGCAACAAUUCCGGAGGUUGGAUCUUUGUGAGCAAAAGCAACGAUGAAGAUGCCUCGAACACUGGAAUCGUGGGGAGGACCAUGCCACCCAACCAAUACAACCUGGCGUUGGAGAAGAACCUGGGAGCUCACGAUCCCAGCAGCCUGAUAAAGUGCUGCGAAAGUUUGGCGUUUUUGGUCAGAGAUGUCGCUCACAUAACCCCCUACAAUUUCGAUGUUUGCGUUCAUUGCAUCAGGACGUUUGUAGAGGCUAGUUUGCACGGAACCAAUAGGAGCAAGAGGGGGACCGGUAGGAGUAAGAAAAGGGCGAACAGACGUCAGAGUGAGAUGUAUAAUUCUCGAAGAAGCCCCACUAGUAGCCCCGAUGAGGACGAAUCAAGUGAUGAAGAGAGCGUUCCAACUGGUUACCAUCAAAUAUCGAUACAGCUGCUCGACCUGAUGCACACCUUACACACUAGGACCGCUCAGAUUUUCAAAUGGUGGUCCGAAGAAGGCGGUGAAAUGCCUGAAGACAUGUCGCUGUGGACACACGGUUGGUGUCCGCUCCUCCAAGGGAUCGCUAGGUUAUGUUGCGACAUAAGGAAACAGGUUAGGAUGGUGGCCAUAACCUACCUCCAACGGGCGCUUCUGGUUCCCGAUCUUCAAACCCUGAGCGGGCCGGAAUGGGAGGCUUGUUUCCACAGGGUGUUGUUCCCUCUGCUCAGCUACCUCCUUCUGCCGAUCAAUCCCAAGGACGUUGUGGCGAUGGAAGAGACCAGGAUGAGGGCAGCCACUUUGCUCUCUAAAGUUUUCUUGCAUCACCUCACGCCACUCUUGUCUCUUCCCACCUUCAACAACCUGUGGUUGAUCAUCCUCGACUUUGUGGACAAGUACAUGCAUGCCGAUAAGAGCGAUCUCCUAUACGAGGCGAUUCCUGAGUCCUUGAAGAACAUGCUGUUGGUCAUGGAUUCGGCCAGGGUCUUCGAAGGUAACGAUGGGAGGAACCAACUGUGGCACGCCACCUGGUGUAGGAUCGACACGUUUUUGCCGGACAUGAAGGAGGUCCUGUUCAGGCAAGACAGCCCUGCUCCGGAGCCUCAAACCGAGACAAAUGCGGUCGCCAGGGACGUCGAAAACAAGGAACCAUCCCAAGCCCGACCAGUCCAACACAACAUAGAGAACGCAACCAGGUCUAGCAUCAUCCUGCAACCGCCACCGGUGAAGAAGAGCAACAUAUCCUCCCCACUCUUCGCACACCUCGGUCAGAUGGUUUCAACGCCUAUUGGGCCCGUUCUACCCCCCGACAUGUCACAGAUGUCCAAACCACCUCUGUCGUCGAACAGUCAAACCUAUCUGCCUCCCCUGAACACGGUACCCCUGCCGGUUAUACCCAACUCGACGGCCCCCCUCUUGCAGCCGACACUGCAACCAGGGAUGCCCUACAUGCCCAACCUGUUCGUGCCAGCUGGACCCCAUCACACGUUUCCGGUGUUGUACAACCAACAACCUGUGGUACCGGCCACCACCCCGCCUACUGAGGUCCAACCAAUGUCUCUCUACGCUGAGUACAUGGGCAACCCUUACAACGUGACCCCGGUGGAGAAUUUCAGGUUAGAAAACGAGAACAAAGUAGGCGAAGUCGGAAAUCAGACGAACGAGACGCAGCCGCCCUCUAUACCGACUGACACCUCCAACCUAACCUCGAAUGACAACGACGUCGGAAGAACUGUCAACAACAACAACGCGGAUUUCGACAGGGUGGCCAACAAUAACGGUGUUGCCGCUUCGUAUUUCCAAUCUUCCAAUUAUUUCAGUAGUCAAAUCGACGCUACCAUACCUCCUGGCUCGGAGAUUUUGUACGCGACUCAAGGAAUAAGGGCGCAGGGCGGCAUCUGCGCAAGCUCCUCCGGUUCCAAAAUCAGUGAUAUAUAAAAGUAGAUUUAGGUGAUGUCAGAUACUUUGUAAGGAAAUGUAUAUUAUUCACAGAAUCACAGGUUUUCAUUCAUUGUGAUCCGUAGGUACAGGGUGUUUAAAGGAGAUUUAUUUCAGAGGAAUUUUUAUAUUUACGUAUGUUUAAACAUGAAAUUACCAAGACUGCUGUUAUAUUUUGGACCUUUUGGUUUAUUUUUUAAUCGGUUAGGUUUUAUCGCCGGAUUUUUGUUAGUUUUAUGAAAUUCACUGAACGAUGGUUGAUCGAAUUCCGUCAUGCAUUUAAAUAUGAUCUAGUAACUGUUGUGAUUCAUCUUCUAUUUCUUAUAGAAUGGCCAAAUGGUGUAGUAUCUUUUUUGUACAUAUUCUUAGGUCACUCAAAAAUAUCUAUUUGAAGAAUCGUCACUAAAUAUCCAAUUAUUUAAAUGUAAGUAUAAUUAAUUUUUAGAUGAUUGUGGAAACGUGUAUAUUAAUAUUUUGUUGAGAUAUCUAUCAAUUUAUUAUUGUUAUGUAAUAAUAUAUUAGUGAACAUAC